GGCGGAGUCGCCUUCGCGUCGUUUCCGUCGUGAGUAAGUGAGUGAGUGGUGAGCGACCGACCGACCGACCGACCGACCGACCGACCGAGAGAGAGAGAGAGAGAGAGAGAGGAGCUCCAGCGCCGAGUUGCGGAGCAGCAGGCCCGAUGUGGAGGAUUACGCACGAAUGAAAUUACGCGAGAACCUGUUGGAUCCGUCGGAGGAAGACUCACCCGUCUCGGCUAUGGUUGUAGCUAGCGGCUGGGUGAAAAAUGCCAGUUCGCCCGCCGCCGGGCAGAACAACAAUACCAACCUGAACCAAAACAAGGCGCAGAACAACAACAACAACAACAACAACAACAACAAGAUGACCGCCAAGGGCGUCCUGAUCUGCCGGGACAAUUCCCACCCGUUCCAGGAGCGCACGCUGACACUGGAGCAGCCGAUGAAGAUCGGUCGUUCGGUGGCCAGGGCGAGAGCCGCGCCGAAUAACGCGAUCUUCGACUGCAAGGUGUUGUCGAGGAAUCACGCGUUACUCUGGUACUCCUCCGGUAAGUUUUACCUGCGCGACACGUGCAGCAGCAACGGCACGUUCGUCAAUAAUCAGAGACUCAGCGGCUCGGGCCUGGAGUCGAUGCCCAAGGAGGUGUGCUCCGGUGACAUAGUGCAAUUCGGCGUGGACGUUGUGGAAAGUACAAAGAAAGUUACCCACGGAUGUAUAGUCGCGACGUUAAAGCUGUACCUGCCGGACGGCAAGGAGGCUAAGGCCAGCCUCAGCACCUCCGUAAGCUCGCCCGCCGGUAACGUAUCCUUGGAGGACCUCUACAAGCUCAAUCAGGUGAUGCAAGAGGCCUCGAGGCGCGAGAAGGCCCUGUACUCGAAACUGGGCUACCUGCAGCAACUCGUAGAGAACACUCGGAAGGCCGCCAACCAGUCGUGGAAGGCCUUGAUCACGGAGGAUCGUCUGCUGUCGUGGGUCGUCACCGUCGAGAGUCAGCUGGCGGUCUAUUCCAAGAACUAUACCGAGGACAAGAUCAGGAACGAGCUGACGAAGCUGCAGGAUGAGAAGGCGCAGUACCAGAACGCCGCGAAGGAGGCCUUGCAGAAGAUCCUGCAGGAGAAGCUGGAAGUCACGAAGAAACUGGUGCAACUGGAGGGUCGUCUGAGCGAGACCGAGGAGGAGUGCCAAAGCUUGCACAAUGUGGCCAAGUACACGCAGACGGAGCUGCAGGAGCUCAGCGCGAAAUACGCGGAGACGCAGAAGAAGCUCCAGGAGACCGCCAACAAGCUCGUGGAGAGCGAGGAGAAGGUGAAGGACAUGUCGCUGGGCGCGGAGCAGGAGAAGCGCGACUUGGUCAAACGUCUCGAGGGCCAGCUGAAGAUCGAGAAGGAACUGCGGGCGAGAUUGCGCAAUUCCCGCUCGGACUCCGUCAACAUCUACAAGCAGAUCACCGCCUUGAGGAAUUGCAUACAGACCUUGCAGGAUAUGAAUCUGAAGCUGGAGAUGGGCGAGAAUAUGGACUCGAAGGUCGAGGAGGAUCCCAUCGAGGCGAUAAACACCAUCUUCAACAAGCUCAACUCCAUCCACGUGGACAACAUCGAAAUGGAUGACGUCAACUGCUACGCCACCAAGGCCGAGCAGGACAACCAGACGAGCUCGUCGGAGGUCGUCGUGGAGUCGAAUCAGCUCAAGUCCGCCAACUCCGGCGCGCUCAAGGAAUUGGUGCAAGAAGAACUGGAGACCAUGGAGUACAUCGACAACCUCAUGGAGUACAUCCUGCCGCCCUUGUCGUCGUCCAGGAAAACCCUGGUGAACGGCAACGCCAACCUGGACAACGCAGAUUCCGGCGCGGACUCCGACACGAACUCGGAGGCGACCGACGACACGUGCAGUAUUACAACGAGCGACGACACGAGCGAGAAGACCGUCGUCGAGAACAAGAAGAAGGAACUCUCCUCUAAGCAGACAUUUCCCUCAGCGCCGUGCAAGAUGGAGGUGCGAUUUGCCAACACCGAGAGUGUUCAACACGCGGAGAUACAUUACGAGCCGACCGAGGCAAUCCCUCAGGACGACAACAUCGUCGCGGAGGUCUCGCGGGAAACCGCCGUCGAGGACACGUUGUCGGUCGACGGCGUCGUGGACGAGCGGGACCAGCCAGCAUGUGGUGCUGCGACGGCCGACGAGACGGCGAAGGAACGCGACGCUGAGCGAGCGUCGUCGGAGAGCGAGUGCGAGGAACGCCUGGAGGGCGAGUACGUGAAGACGCUGAAGCCGACGACGAAGAACGACGCGAUGCAGCAGUCGCGAUGCCACAGCCGGGAGUACAUCCUGCAGACGUUGAUCGCGUCGUUAGACAGCCUGCGGGGCGAGGACAGCCUGGAAGCGCAACAAACGGUGAAGCGGGAGCUGGACGAGCUGAAGGACUGGCUGACGCGCGAGCCCGCCGAGGUCGUCGUCGACAAACUGCGCGAGCUCUACUACCGCGCCAAGAACGACUCGCAGCGCAUGCUGGAGAUCAACGAGGAGCUGGUCAUAGUGAAGGAAAAGUACAACGCGAUUGUCGAGGAGAAAGCGGAACUGUCGAAGAAGUACGGCGCGCUGCGGGCGCAGUGCGGCGAUCUGCUGAGCGCGACCUACACCGUGCCGAUACAAUACGUCGCACCUCUCGCGAUCAUGCUGGUGUGGAUGCUGCUGGAGAAGAUAUUCUAAUGUUCCUCUUCUCUCCUCCACGCCGCCCUGAUAUUUCCUCCUUCCGGUAUAUAUGUACAUACAGCACACGCAUCUCGUCGAUCGAUAUUAUUCUCUUCUGCUCUCGUUCGUUUCCCUUCUCCGUUCUUCCUUCUUCGUACUUUUCUUCGUACUUUUGUCUUCUUCUUCUUCUUCUUCUUCUUCUUCUUUUCUUUCCCUUCGUUUCCCUUCUUCUCUUUUUAGCAAUAUUUAUAUGGCGCGACGGCAAAAUUCUUUCUUAGAUUAACCGACUAGCUUCGUCGAUCGGGUUACGAUUAGAUUCCCAGCACAGGAACGAAUUAACGCAUCUCUCGAUAUGCGAUCUAACGAUUUUUUAUACGAACAAACGUUAAGGAUUGUACAUAUUUGUUUAAUUCUCCCGUCCGGACUGCGGACCGGGGUGUAAGCGGGUUGGGAGGGGGGGAGGGUACGGGGUUGGAUUCUCGCGAGAUUAAUUGGGAGUUGUUAAGCGAGCGAGUGUCGCGUUACCACGAAGAAGGAGCCAAGAUCAAAGAUGGGGCUGGAAUGUUUUCCGCUGGAUAUACGUGUAUAUAUUCGGUGUACGUAUACGUGGCACGAUUCAAAUGCGUAUGCAUGUGUAUGCACGGCUGUAUAUGUACAUAUGUAUACACAUGCAUAUGUAUGCGUGCAAGCUCUCGAACAAGAACGACUUACGCUUCGGGAAGUAAAGAGUGGCUGGACAGGAAAGAGAGAGAGAGAGAGA